AUGGCCUUCGUUCCUCUUUCGGCAGGGUUGGAGCUCGAGUUCCCCAGUAUUUGUUGGCUCUCUCAAGCCUCGUCCGAGUGGCUGGAGACUGGUGAGUUCCAGUACUCCAGUAUUCCAGUGUUCCAGUUCCUGUUCCAGUUCCAGGCUGGUGGGCAACGCAACGCUGUGGCGUGGAGGAGCGCUUUCUCCAUCCCGACGAGUGUCAAUUGUGUAACUGUCAACGGCAUUCCAGUUUUCCUAAGCAAGGAGUUCUAA